AUGCAUAACAGAGCAUAAGCGUAGCAUAAGGCUUCUGGAUCAAUGGAAAUUUUAUGUAAAGCAAUAUGGCGACUUUAUGCUGGAUGCUCAUUGGUCCAUCGGUCUUAUGUUAUGCAUUUCAUGUGCAAGACUUUAUAUACUAUAAGAAAUGAAAGGUAUGUAUUUAACAUGGGAAACAAAAAGCAAAACACUGCCAUCUGGUAGUGAAGUGGGAAAUUAAAUGUAUUGUAGAAGAUCUUCAGGAUAGAAGACCUUUAGUCUUGUGGUCUUGUGUGUGAUAUAUAAUCUCUUUGGUUGUAAAUUGGCAUCUCAACGGUAACACUGAAGUUCCCAUUUUGAUUAUUGCAGUUCAAUGGUAAUUGUCGAGAUAUCAACCACUUGGAUGUUUUGAAACUUGUACAAAAGAAUUAAAUUAACCGUGACUUUAAUUUUAUACAAGACGAUCGAAUACAGUAUUAAUAUAUACGCGACUGUGCAAGCGUUACCAUAAUGCGUUAUCAUAAUUUGAAAAUUUCGCACGAGUUUUCUGGCGUUAUACUUUCUGCUGAAGUCGUAAACAAUGAGGAAAAGGAGAAGGACGAUAUUUUGUAAAAAUUGAGGAAGAAGAUUAUAGAUUGGAGCAUUCAAUCCGAAGAACUCAAACUGUUAAGCGCAAGUUUUAUAAACGCGGCUCUGCUUUGCUGUGAGCUGUAAUACAUCAAUAGUUGUACGAUGUUUGUCCUGAUCCAAUUUAAUUUUGUUACGAUUAUGCUGAUAUGUAUAAUAAACGUCACCGCUAUGCGCCCAAACAUCUUGCUGAUCAUCGUAGACGAUCUGAGGACUACUCUGGGAUGCUACGGCGACAGUAACGCAUACACUCCGAAUAUAGACGCCCUGGCAGACAACGCCAUUGUUUUCACCGAGGCAUUUGCGCAGCAAGCGUUGUGCGCACCCAGCAGGAACUCCUUUCUGACGAGUCGAAGACCGGACACUCUUCGGCUUUACGAUUUUUACAGUUACUGGCGCGAUGUGGCGGGCAAUUAUACUACGUUGCCAGAACACUUAAAGAACAAUGGAUAUACCACAAUGUCCAUAGGAAAGGUGUUUCAUCCAGGUACAAGUUCUAAUGGAUCUGACGAUAGUCCCUAUUCAUGGACCGAGAAGCCUUUUCAUCCGUAUACAGAUCGGUAUAAGAAUGCUCCUGUUUGUAGAGUGCUCCCGCAAUCAAAGGCGGCAACAAAUCUUAUAUGUCCAGUACGCGUUUCGAGCAUGCCGAAUAAAACGCUACCCGAUUUUGAGACGUUACGGGAAGCGAGAAAAUUCAUACGUAAACACAGGAAAGACUUUGAUCCUUUUUUUCUGGCCGUUGGCUUCCAGAAGCCUCACGUACCACUAAAAUAUCCUGAACGUUAUCUAAAAUACCAUCCUAUUCGAAAGUUUAAACUACCAGAACCAUACUUAUGGCCGGACAACGUAAAUGAUGUUGCCUAUAAUCCUUGGACUGAUCUUCGAUGGAGAGAGGAUAUGUCAAAGUUAAGAUUAAAAUUUCCAUGGGAAAAAGUACCAGAGAAGUUUGCCAAACAGAUUAUCCAGUCGUACUACGCAGCCGUAUCCUACAUCGAUAAUAUGAUCGGCAAGCUCAUACAUCAACUAGAUGUUUCGAUGAUUCGAGAAAAUACUAUAGUAAUAUUAACAUCUGAUCAUGGUUGGGCACUUGGAGAACAUGCUAUCUGGUCUAAAUACAGCAACUUUGAUGUUGCCGUGCACGUACCUUUGAUAAUGUCAAUUCCAAUGAUCACAUUUAAUAAUUUCGGCGCUACAAAUCAUAUGCAAUAUAAUGCGCCGAUUACAAGCAAUAAUAAGAUGGAAAAUAAAAUCAACUCAAGGUACAUAUUAAAUAUUGGAACCAACUGCGUGGCAAACAUGAGUAUGGAAUACGUAAGAAGCAGGAUUGGUUACCGUCAAACCCGGAUAAGGAGGUAUAAAAGAAUUUUCUUGGAAGCACAUAUUCAACGAAGACAUAAUAAAUCUAAUUCACGUUCUAAAAAGCAUUGUCGAGUUACAAACGCUAUUGUGGAACUUGUCGAUAUAUUUCCAACGAUUGCGGACCUAGCGGGGCUUCCUAUACUGAUAUGUCAGCCUAAUAAUACAAACGAUCAGUUGCGUUCAACAGGGCUUCUUCAAGAGAAAACGCCCAAUCUUUGUAGCGAAGGUAUUACACUCGUGCCGCUCAUAAAAAGCAUUGUGAAAUGUCAGAGCGUACCUUGGAAAAAGGCAGCAUUCAGUCAAUAUCCAAGACCGGGAAUUCAACCGACGCUUCAUCCCAACAGCGAUAAACCUCGUUUAAAAGAAAUAAACGUAAUGGGCUACACCUUGAAAACCAACAACUAUCGCUAUACCGUGUGGUUGCCGUUCACGCACACGACAUGCAAACCAGAUUGGGAUGUUAUCAUCGCGGAAGAAUUAUAUGAUCACAGAACCGACAGGGCGGAAGAUUUUAAUGUAGCAGCCUCGCCGAAAAUGUUAAAAACCAAAAAAUAUCUCAGAGCGUUGCUAAGAAAUGGAUGGAGAAAUGCCCUUCCCACAGAUGUUAAAAACAUAACGCAACAUUUUGCUAUUACACCAUGAUAUUACAAUAAACAGCAUUACAUUUUUAUUUUAAAUAUUUGAGAGAUUUAUCUGUCUACAUAUGGUGCAAUUAAUAAAUAAAUUAUAUAUGGUUGUGUUGAUAUUAAAAAAAAUGAACGUCAAUAAUUAAUCAUAACUUAUAAUCGAAAAAAUAUAAACAAAUUUAUGAUGUAUUUAUUAUCGCUAUCUAUUGAAAUAUCGUAUCAAAAUGCUCGAAAACACGUACUAUAUACAAUAAUUAACAAUUAAAAAUAAGCACAAAUUGUAUUCUAACAAUUAAAGAUUAACCAUAAAUUAAAGA